GACGACUAGUGAACGUCUGAAAUUGGCGAUGCUCUGCCUUAUUUUUCAAUCGUACAAAUAAUCCGGAACUCCUAUUUUUUUUUUUCCUGCCGCUUACUUUUAUAACAGCAGCAUCGACGAAAGAGGCCGCUCCAAUGUCCGCCCAAGCUCAAAUGAGAGCUUUGCUCGACCAGCUGAUGGGGACGGCGAGGGACGGUUCAGUGUAUCUUUGCCAGCCUACAUCAAUCUGCAAAGGAGUUGCAGAAAAGCCUCAUGUUCAUCGAGCCACGAGACACACUUUACGCACAUCAUUUUUCGAUCUGACUCUUGUAUGACUCCCAACUUCUUACGCAGGUUUGGCAAGAAAACCGUUCCAAUUUUUACUUUCCCACAGCCGGUUUAAAAUUCUGCAGCUGAGGGCUUGAAGAAGCAGAAGGGUACAGUAUGUGGUGCAGAUCGCAGUGUGUAUAAAACCUACUUUCUGUCAAUGUUUCAUGUCUGUAAAUGGCUUGGCCCGAUUGAUUUAGCGUUUUUAACCUUAUGUGUCGACGGUAGUGAUGCACCGAAUUUUUGGCCACCGGAAAAUUUCAACAAAUUGGCUCAAAAGAGCAUUUUCUGUUUCGGACUGAAUGACUUUUGCCACCAAACUAAAACGGCCGAAACAGGAUGUUGUUGUGAUGCAAGCAAAAACCGGUUGUGUACACUAUAUAUUUUUUUUUUAACGGUGCGUCCACAGUCGCCCAACCUUCCUGUUUUCCUCUGUUCGUGUACUAAGGAGGGAUGCUUGCUUGCACGCUAUUUUGCGCCUCUACGGCUAACGUGGCUAAACACGACGGCGAGCCGCGGAGGCGAACGUUUGCUUCGCGUCCGGUAUCGAUGCAGCACAAGCCACUAAUCAUGGCCUCCAUGCCAGGGAACAAGUUACACUUCUGACAAGCGUCUUUACUGCAAAAGGUCGACGAGGAGUAAUUAACAGGAGAAAGGCGAAGAUGUCAUGCUAAUUGCUAAACUAUCGUAACAUCCAGUUGCAAAAGACCAAAGUAAGUGAUUGGGGAUAUAGUUAACUUGUCACGUAUGUCUGGCUGGAACCACGUUGUUGCGAAGCAGCUUUGAAGAGCAAAAUGCUGAAGCAAUUUAAUAAGUGUCUGGAGAGAAAAUACUGUUAAAGGAGUAAGUCAUGCUAGAAAUGAAUUCAUACAUCAUCGCUAGUGUGCUACAUCACUUGAGAUAUGUACUGCAGUAACUGUCCCGCGUUAAUGUUCGUGACAUAAUUUUCAAAGAAUGGGACAAUUCCUGUUGUUCUGGGUUGAAUUUCUAUAGGUUGGCAGCUCUGCGGUCAUAGCCAUAAAUGCAAUUUUAUUCAUAAUUAGCAGAGUAAUUUCUCUCGGCUUUUGGCCUCGGGUUCCUCGUUUUGGGCCAAGAAUUUUCAUUUCGGUGCAUCACUAGUUGACGUGCCAUCUAAAACAUAGCAUUGUGGACACUGAGCCUUAAAACAAGCUAAACUGAGAGUUGAGGCUCUGCUUAGUGUCCUAAUGUCAUUGAGGCCUGGGUAAGUCACACAAUGAGGCCACGCGUUGCCUCGUGUAACUUCACACUCAUGCCAACACAGGCAAAGUUUGUUUCCGAAUAGUUCCUAUGACAGGCUAAUGACCAAGAUGAUUUCUUUUUGUUGUUGUUGUUUUUUUUGUUUGUUUUUUUAAUCCCACUCUUUAACAAGGUCUCGGACUGUUUGAGUGCCGCUAUUGUGAUCUGGUGCGACACUUUGUUGUACUGUAAAACGGCAGUCCGAUAAGUCAAAAGCUGAAUCCUCGCCCUGGCUGACUAAUACGUGAGGUCUUUCUCACUGGACACCUUUUGGACUGUUUCAGGGGACGAGACGCGGCAGAGGGUCAAGUACUCGGACGAGCGAGUCUGCAAAAGUCAUCUUCUCGACUGCUGUCCGCACGACAUCCUGUCUGGAACCCGCAUGGACCUGGGAGAGUGCACCAAGAUCCACGACCUGGCACUCCGAGCAGACUAUGAAAUUGCCUCCAAGGAGAGAGACCUGUUUUUUGAGCUCGACGCGGUCGAUCACUUGGAGUCAUUCAUCGCCGACUGCGACCGCAGGACGGAACUGGCCAAGAAGCGCUUGGCGGAGACUCAAGAAGAGAUCAGUGCCGAAGUGGCGGCCAAGGCGGAGAAGGUGCACGAGCUGAACGAGGAAAUCGGGAAGCUCCUGGCCAAGGCUGAGCAACUCGGAGCUGAGGGAAACGUGGAGGAAUCCCAGAAGGUUCUGCAGGAAGUGGAGAAGGUCCGCAGCAGGAAGAAGGAUGCAGAGGAGGAAUACAGAAACUCCAUGCCGGCCUCCAGUUUCCAGCAGCAGAAACUGCGCGUUUGCGAGGUGUGCUCCGCUUACCUGGGUCUCCACGACAACGACCGCCGUUUGGCCGACCACUUCGGAGGCAAACUCCACCUGGGCUUCAUCCAGAUCAGAGAGAAGCUGGACCAACUAAAAAAAACGGUUGUGGACAAGCAGGAGAAACGCAACCAGGAGCGUCUCAAGAGACGGGAAGAAAGGGAGAAGGAGGAAAAGAUGAAAAAACGAACAAGAUCCCCAAGCAGAGAGCGUAAAAGGUCUCGUUCUCGUGACCGAAGGAGGCGCCGCUCUCGCUCCUCGUCACGAGACAAGCGCCGCUCGCGCUCCCGAUCCAGAGACCGGAAGAGACGACAGAGGUCCCGCUCCCGAAGCCGAGGCCACCGUCACAGCCACGAGCAGAGCUCCAGACACAAGUCAUCCAGAGACCGCGAGCGCUCGUCCAGAGACGAGUCGCAGGGGCGCGAGCGGCGAGACGGCGUCAACGGCAGGUCGGACUCUCGCAGGGCAGACGACAGAGAAGACCCGUGAAGGCCAACGUCCGUCCCACACAACGGUCACCAUCUUGUUCCACAUAGUCCCCCGUAAACCUCCUUGCUUUUCCUUCCUUUGACUUUAAUGAGACCCAAAUCUGAUUCAGUCGUUAGGAAUCAACAGAAUUUCAAGCCAACUUUCAUCCUCGGUGAUUUGGUGGCCUUUCUUUAUCAAAUAAACAGAAAGACCAUACAUUUGUGAAUAUUCUUUUAUUAUACAGACUUUGGAGUGUGUCUGGAAUUAGUUUUGGUUUCCUGUUCUUGGUUUGAUCAGUGCCCUUCCAAAGUCUUAGGAACCCUCAUGCAGAAUUUGCGAGUGUUAGUUCUUCAAGGCCCUCCACAUGUCCACCAUGUUUUCUCGUCCAACCCAUUUUAUUUUUAUUUUUUUCCUCUCCGCGGCCAGUAUGUAGUGAGGGUAAAAUGAAAUGUGAAGUCUAGUAGAAAAAAAAGUUGGAAAUGUUUGCGUUGUGUUAUCUAUCACGUUUUGUUGAUUGAGUGGGGGGAAAAAAAAAAGCAUAUAAAUGUUCACCAUUUAAAGAAAGUUCAUUUGAGUUAGUUUUGGCAAUUGAAAAGUUGUACAAUGCCAUUAAAAAAAAAAAAAAAAAAACUACAUGAUGACCUGAAUUACGUGCAAACAGAUUGUAACGGCUGCGUCGCUUUACAUGUGUGAAGGUGUCGAUUUUUGGUUCCGCUGGAAUUCAUAUUGGAAAAAAAAAAAAAAAUAUUAUUCUCAAUUAAACCAUAUUAAAGACUUUA